CGGGGCCGGGCGAGUCGCCAUGGCUGAGGCGGGCCUGGGGGCGCUGGAGCAAUGGCUCCAUAAAGCCACAGACCCAAGCAUCCCUGAAGAAAACUGGGAAUGUAUCCAGCGGUUCUGUGACCAGGUGAAUGCAGACCCGGAAGGCCCGUCCAUUGCACCCAGGCUGCUAGCACAUAAGAUACAGUCGCCUCAGGAGAUGGAAGCUCUUCAUGCCUUAACAGUGCUGGAGACAUGUGUGAAUAACUGUGGUGAAAAGUUUCACUACGAAGUGGCAAAAUUCAGAUUUCUGAAUGAACUGAUAAAAGUGCUGUCCCCGAAGUACCUUGGAACCUGGUCUACAGAAAAGGUCAAAUCGAGAGUUAUAGAAAUAAUGUUCAGUUGGACGGUGUGGUUUCCUCAGGAAGUUAAAAUCCGGGACGCUUAUCAGAUGCUGAAGAAACAAGGAGUCAUAAAACAAGACCCCAAACUCCUAGAAGACAAAAUUUUACCACCUCCUUCUCCGAGACCUAAGAAUUCUAUUUUUGAUGUUGAUGAAGAGAAAUCCAAGCUCUUAGCAAGACUUCUAAAGAGCAACCACCCUGAGGACCUGCAGGCAGCCAACAGGCUGAUCAAGAGCAUGAUUAAAGAGGAACAAGAAAAAUCUGCCAAAGUGUCCAAAAGACUGAAUGCAAUUGAUGAGGUUCACAGCAGCGUGAAGCUACUGGGUGAAAUGCUGACCAGCUACAAGAGGCAGGAGUUAUCCAAAUCUGACCUAGAGAUUCUGCAGAGCCUGUUUGAACGCUGUGAGAAGCUCAGGCCACUGCUCUUCCGCCUUGCCAGCGAGACUACUGACGAUGAUGAGGCUUUGGCGGAGAUUCUCCAGGCCAAUGACAAACUCACCCAGGCGCUCGGCUUGUACAGGCAGGUUGUAGUGGGCCAUGACCAGGGCAGGAGGAGUUCGGAGACCAGCUCUACUCAUGCCUCAGCACCUCAGUCCCCGCUGGGCAGUACGAAGAGCUACACACUGAUCGACUUCUCCGAGCUGGGUUCCAUGUUCAAGUCUCUCACGGAGCAGGGCGUGAACACGACAGCCGCGGCUCAGCACAGCAGCACCUCCGCCUACCUGCUCGACGAGGAGCUAAUGUCAUUAGGUCUCAAUGAUUCCCCUGUUGGACAGAGACCGUCACCUGAUUUCAGCUCCGUACAGGGUGCUGGGCACAAUGGAUAUAAUCAAACCGGAAAUGCCGAUACCCAUCAAACCAUGGUGCUGGGGGACAGCUGGCAGGGCGGCUCGCCAGAGAGGAAUGCGCUUCAAGAUUUGGCAGGGCAGCUGUCUCCGCCUCCUGUGACCAGGCCAUUUCCAACGAACUUACCACCAGUGCAAUUGUCCGCGGCAGGCCUUCCGAGCAGCUUAGCUGCAGACGCUUUGUUCUCUGACCCAGCCUAUGAGCUGAAACCUGCUGCUCCUUCGCAGCCAGCCUCCAAUGAUGCUGCUUUGGCAAACCUUUUUGUCCCACUCAUUUCAAUUACACCGAGCAGUAUCCCUCCAGUUACAGUGUAUGAUCAAGAUGGUUUCAAGGUCAUGAUCCAUUUCUCCAGAGACCUAGCCCCCGGGCGACCAGAUGUACUGGUGAUGGUGCUCUCCAUGCUCAGCACAUCCACUCAGCCAAUGAAGGACAUUGUGUUCCAGGCCGCGGUCCCAAAGGUUAUGAGAGUAAAGUUGCAGCCAGCGUCUGGUUCUGAGCUUCCUGCCUUCAGCCCUUUGCUCCCUCCAGCCGUGAUAUCCCAGGUUCUGCUGCUCGCCAACCCACACAAAGAGCCCAUCCGAUUGCGGUACAAGCUAAUGUUCACGCAGGGCGGGCGGCCCUUCAGCGAAGUGGGGGAGGUGACUGGCUUCCCGGAGGCCGAGCUGUGGCGCGGGAGCUGAACUGCUGCUUUGAUGGAACGUGGACAUUGCCGCAUCGCCUUAGCGCAGCCCUGUGGGGAGCCACCUGGGAGGGGCAGGGGGAGGCGCCCGGCCCCCAGAAAGCCGGGGUGGGCUCCAUGCUGGCUGCUCUCCCCGGGGCCCAGUCUCCCACUCCUGCUCCGGUUUUCCUUGCGGGUACCUGGUAGGAGGGAGUGCAAACCAGCUGCUCCUGCUCUUUGCCUUACUGCAGCAUUCAUCCCUCCAGUGGCUGGAUGCUCCUUUUCUACCAGCAUUUCUGCUUUCUCCUGCUUGUUGAGCCAUUUCGCCCUCUGGCCUCUUUGAAAACAAUUCUCCGAUUCAGGCCCUGUUUGCUCCCAGGGCGGAGCAGCUCUUGAUGCUGGUGUCCGCAGUGUCUGGGGAUCAGUGCUCUGACCUCGCAGUGAUGGGUGUGGUGUGAGCACCUGGGAAUAGAACGGAACGACUGUGGCUUGAAACAGGGCUGGAUCCAUAAGCCAAACCUGUUGGGUAUUGCCACAGGCUCAGCACUGCAAGGGCCUGGGUCCUUGCCUCUUACCCUGGGAUCCUCGGUGCCUUCUCAGCCUCACCGUGAUUCCUGAGGCAGCCUCCACGCUGGGGAGCAUCCUGCAGGGAGCUCUCGCAGGCAGGGCCCCCUGCAGCAUGGGGGUUUGUGUCUAUGCAAAGCUUAAGUUUCCUUCCUGGUCACUCAAAACUUAAAGGGAAAAAUGUAGAAAGAAUUUCACUGCUGCACAAGUGGAAACAUGGAUCAAGUACUAAGGCAUCUGAGCUGCUCCACGGGGAGAGCUUGUCUGGAGAAAUCAUUUUGUACAUCCGUGUCUAGAUAAACCUUGGCUUAGGCCAGCUCUCCCCUUGUCCUCUGUGCCGGGAAGCAGAGGAGAAAGGACCCCCUGUGCUGUGAUUAGUGGAACGUGCCCAGCCAGCCAGACCAGCGUCCUGUGCGUCAGGUUUUAUGUGAUGCUGAACUUGCACAUUUUUUAAUCAAAGUAUUUUUGACUCCUGGUUGUCAUUGUUGCUGCUGGUGACUGAAAUGCCAUAGCGUUAGUUAUCCCCAGCUCGGUGGAGUUUGGCCACACAGGGGCGCUGUUUGAGCUUUUUAUUACUGUACAGAGCACUGGAUUUCCAGGUACAAUCAUAAUAAACAGCAUUUGCUUUGACAGGUGCUGCUUGCUGGUGGUUCCUGAGUUUGCAUGCAAGGUCUCUCUGCCGCUCAGGAGAAUGGCUGAGUGAGGGGGACGAGGGGCACUUGGGCUUUAGCCUCCUCAUUUUAUUCAAACAUGUUCAAUGGCACUUCACAGCCAGAGCAGAAGACAAGGCUCCUGCUGCAGAGAUCAUCUGCUGUAGCUAGGAACGGGCGGAGGAGAGAGAGCUGGAAGCAGACAGCAGAUGUCUGGUUCAUGACAGGAUCUGUGUCUGAGCAGUGGUUGUCAGGUACGGAGCUUGUUAAGCCAUCCCCAGGGGCUGGAAGGGCCUUCGAAGGAGAGGACAUGCUCUCCCUGGCUCUGUGUAGCAUAUCCCUCCUGUCCUCUCUCUUGCCAUCUCCCUCACGGCCCUGUGCCUCAUCACACCCUGGCUCCUCCCCAAAGUAGCCUGGGGUCUGUCUCAGGUCUCACACCCAGCUCAUCCCUGGGAUAUCCAAGCUCCUCCCCUCUGUGCCACUCCGCCCCACCACCUUGCAAGGCCCUCCCUUUUCGGAGGUCAGUGUUAAUAUUGUCACUGAAGUGCCCAUCAAAUCCCUGUGAAAGGUGCGGUUGUCCCAGAGCACUGGGUCAGGCCCUGCGCAGCCAACUUCUGGCCUGGCCAACAGCUUCAGGCUUCAGCCGCCACCUGCCUGGGUCUAGAAGGGAUUCCUCCCCCCAUAUAUUUUGGGUUGGUUGUGGGGUUUUGUCAUCACCUUCCUCUGAUGGCCACAGCUGGAGAUGGGAGGUUGGACAGGGAGGGCUCCGAGGUGGCUCUGAGCAUGCUCUCUCUCAGGUGCUGGGCUGGCUGGUUCUUGCUCACAUGCUCAGGGUCUAACUGAUCACCAUGUGUAGGGGCAGGAAGGAAUUCUACCUCCACCCCUGGUGAGAUUGGCAGUGACCUUGGGGGGUUUCGCUUUCCUCUGCGACCUGGGGGUGUGGAAUCACUUGCCAGGAUUAUCUGGGUCUAUCUCAAUCACUUCCCUGCCAUUUGCAGGGACCUUGGGUCCAGGGGCCCCUGGGCCCCUCCUGCUCUCUGCCUGUGGCACAUCAUAGUCUCGUCCCUUGUGGGCUGUCAUAGUUUGGUCUGACUUUGGUUGUUGGGUUGCGGAUGGUGGGUGCUGCUGGUAGCCUGGGCUAUGCAAGAGGUCUGACGGUAUGAUCUGGUUCCUUCUGGCCUGAAGAGCUAUGCUCCUCCCCCAACUUACUAGCAUGUUUUUCCACCUGACUCUUCCUCUGUCCCCAAAUUCUUUAAGGCACAAGCACUUCACAACUCAACCCUUCCACCCCACCCCCAUUAACCACGUUAGAUAGCAGCGCCUAGUGCCUGUGACACUUUCCAAUCAUCCAGCUUAGCAAAUGCCCGGUCUGAGCACGCCAUCCCCACGGUAACUCCCCACCACUGGCCAAAGAACACGCUGUCAGCUGUUCCGAUUUCCCUGAGUACGCAUAGGGGUGAAUCUCUCGCUGUUUGUGCCUCUCCCAGCCUCAGGAUGCUUGCGGCUGCUCUUUGCCUUUUGUUUCUGGGCCAUAGAUGUUACUGCUCUUUACAGAGCAAAUAACUCUGGGCAGGCGCCCAGCUAGGAGGAGAGGUCCCAGAACUUGGCACUUGGGCCAGUUACUGGGCAUGGACUUGCAGUUGCAGUUUUUUUCUUUUGGUGCCAUGAUGGUGGGGAGGGGAAGCUGAGCCGCUGGAAUUCAGAGCAGGACUCUGCCUCCUGCCUGUCUCUGUGCGGCUGGGCAGCCAGCGCUCAGCAAUUGCUCUCAUUGUCGCUGUUGAAGAGCAGUAACGGGCAUGGAAGAAGAAGCCCAGUCUUGCAAAGUGAACUCCUGGGGAAAUCCUGUGCCAA